GCCGAGGUGAAGCUCGGGUGUUUCCGUCGACACUCGGCCGUGAACCUCCGUUGUGAAUGUGGGAAUGCGGUUGCCGGAGGCAGUGGACAUUGCUGGACAGUCGGCGGGGAUGUGCGCACAGAGCCGGCAGCACUCAGCGGCGGGUUGUGGUCCAAGUUAACGGGCUAUAGCGGGGAUGCAGGUGGCAGCCUGGGACAGCUGCGUGUCACCGGGUGUUUUUCCCCCGCCUUACCGGGGAUUUUCUGCCUUUGUAUGGGAAACGGAAUGAGAGGGAAGCCAGGAGAGAGUCCCCGGCAGCUCCAUGGAGCCACGCAUUGCAGGCAGUGUGACAGUGGAGUGAAAUGAAAAGCGUCUGACACUCACUGCUGAGAGCUAAAGCUGCUGCUGCUGCUGCUGCUGCUGCUGCUGCUGCUGCUGCUGCUGCUGCUGCUGCUGCUGCUGCUGCACACAGACGUAACAGUACGCGACACCAUCAAGUUGUGGAGUAUUUGAAGCCCAAAGCAGCAUCAUGUUCUACGGCUCUUCCUCAGGGGCGAGUAUGUCCCUCCCGUCCAAGAGCCGCCUGAAGCGCCAGAGCAGGACCUUCACACAGGUCCUGUACCGUACUCUGAGUUACAGAGACCGAGUUCCAGCAGAGGCUGGGACAAACACCCGUGGGGACCGGCGCUCUACGACUGAACCCCCAGAGCGGCCGGUGGACGACCCGGCUGAACUCUCCACACAGAGCUCGGCCCCCGGGGUGCUGAAGAUAUUUGGAGAUGAGAUAUGUGCCGGUGCCAACUACAAGAGCGUCCUGGCCACGCCGCGCUCCAGCGCGCAGGAACUGGUCAAAGAGGCACUCGAGCGCUACUCGCUCAACAAGGAUGCGGCCCACUCUUAUGUCCUGUGCGAUGUCAUCGGACGACUGGAGGGGGGAGGGGGGAUCGGAGGAGGGGGGUGGCGGACUGAGUGCUUGCGCGCGCUGGGGGACAACGAAAAGCCACUGUUGCUCCAAGAGCUGUGGAAGCCCAGAGAAGGACACGCUCGCAGGUUUGAGCUGCGCAGGAGAGGAGAGGUGGAGGAGCUCAAUGCCAAGGAGAAGGACACCAUCACUGCUGGGCUCAAAACCCCCCAAUUCCUGGCGGCUCUAAUGGGUCGGUCCGGACUUGGCAAACACAGAGGCUCCCCCCUACGGUGUGGUCGAGUUGUACAAUCCAGCUCUAAAGACAUCAACGCCCAAGCUCGUAAGCUCCAGAGGAACAGGGCAAAGGGGACACUGACUCUGCCCCGCUCCAGCAACUCAUCCUUCUGCCGCAGCCUCAGUGAAACCAGCCUCAACCAGCUGGGAGUAGGAGAGGAGCCCAAACGUUAUUACUCAACCCUGCCGGGGCCCCUUAGGGCCCGAGAACGUGAAUUGGCCUCCAGUGGCCGGAGGAAAGAAGAGGGGACUCAGGGAGGAGGAGGAGGAGGGGUGAGGCACUCUCUCUACCAGUCCCCACAUCUCCUGCUGCUGCAGGGAUACAAUCGGCAGGACUGCCUCGUUUACCUGCUGAACAGAGAGCAGCACACAGUCGGUCAGGAGACUCCGUCAGCUCGCCCCAACAUCUGCCUGUUUUCUCCUGACAUCCUGCCCCUGCACUGCCGCCUGCGUAGAGUCCCUGCGCCCCGUCGCCAUGCCAACAACAACAACAAGGGAGAGGACACGGCGGAGAACCAGCGUUUCUGCGUCGCUGUGGAGCCUGUGCUCCACGCCACAGUUCUGGUGAACUUUUCCCGCUGUGAGCGCUCCACCACACUGCGACACGGUGACCUCCUGUCAUUUGGAGCGCAUUACAUCUUCCUGUACAAGGACCCCACAGGCGCUAAGCCUCUGCCAGCUCAGACCCUGGCACGCCUUCGCACGCUGGGGCAGCUUUACGAUGCCGGGGUGGAGGAAGGAGAGGGCGGAGCUCAGACUUGUAAGAUGUGUGGUUCUGUGCUGAAGGACAAAGCAGCGCAGGCACUGAGUGUGUCUGCAGUUAGACGCAGCUUCAAACCUCACCUGGUGAAACCCCGCUGCGGGGGCACAUCAGCAGGAGGACCUGUUAGUUUGUCAGGAGGGGAAGGAGGAGGAGGAGGAGGAAGAGGAGGAGGUCAGAAAAGGAGGCUACAGCUGGAGUUUGACCAGACUCAUGAAGACCAGCUGUUGAACAGAAUCGUGUCCCUCAUCGAACCUGGAGGAGACGACCAUAAGCUGACACCAGCCUACCUGCUGUGUCUGUGCAUACAACACUCUGCUGCAACGUUCCCACCUGGGAGUUUUGGAAAACUGCUGCUCAAGAUUGUGCGGCGCAUCCAGACAAUCGCAUGGGAGAAGACAAAGGAGCUGGCACAGAAGCAAGCUCAGCACCAGGACCCAGCCUCCCUGUCUCUGCUCAGUAUCUCAGACUUACUCCCAGACCUGCAGAUCAUCUUCUUCUGGAUGUCCAACUCCAUUGAGAUCCUCUACUUUAUACAGCAAAGAGCACCAGCGUACACACACAGCAUAGAGACACUGCAAGGGUCAAAGGAGUCGUUGCUAUCGGCGACCAUCUCAGCCAAUGAGGAGGCAAUGACUAUACUGGAGGAGGUGAUCAUGUACACUUUCCAGCAAUGUGUCUACUACAUCACCAAGGCUCUUUAUGUCGUGUUGCCAGGUUUGUUGGACUGUAAUCCAUUCCCAGUGGACAGCUCUGAGCCCUGCUGGAAAGGCGGCGUGGGGUUUCCUGAACCUAUACGCAGGGUCCUGCAGGUGUUUCAAAACGCCCAGGAGCUCAUGCAGGUCUAUGAAGUCCACUCUGAGAUCCAGGCUCAGAUGUUCGCGUACCUCUUCUUCUUCUCCAACGUGUCGCUGUUUAACCAGCUGAUGGACAAAGGUCCAUCCCGAGGUUGGCUCCAGCGGUCCAAGGUGCUGCAGAUUCAGGCGUGUUUGCGAAUGGUCAUGGAGUGGGCGAGCAGGUCCAGUCUAGGACAUCUGGCUGACAAGUUCUUCACCAAACUCAACAGCACCGUUUCCAUACUGGCCACACCCCCACAACAGCUCACACAGCGGAGUUGGCGAGCACUGUCAAGUGAGCACCCGACUCUGAAACCGGUCCAGCUGCACCGGAUUCUCACUCAGUACCAGCUCACAGCAGAGAUAGGCCCUGUUCCAACAUGGCAACCCAGCAGCGAGGAUGAGGCUUACAUAUACAGAACAGUGGACCUCCUGGAGAGCUUUGAGAACCACCCCCCCAUCGUGUUGCCCAGCGCCGGGUUCAGAGUGGACUUGGACAGCGAGUGUGUGGAAGACAGCAUCUACAGACAGCUGCUCUACAUCCGCCAUUACCUGUGGGGCCUGCGCACCAAGACGCAAACACACGCCAGCGCUCCCACCGUGCACACACACUCCAACGGAACCAACACAGCCGACUUGCAGAGGGAGCAGUUGCCCACGGCCCACAGCAGUCCUCGCUCUGCGGGUCCCGGGGACGAGGCGAUGGCAGAGACGGCAGAGGACAGGGGACGGGACAGACCCUCAGGCCAAACACAUACACACAGCCUCAGAAGGAAUGGCACCAUACACCACAUACGAAUGGCAAACCCUGACCCGUCCUGCCUCUUGACCCCUCCUAACACCCCACUCUACCCAGAUGGAGUAGGGGUAGGAGGAGGAGGAGGAGGAGUGCAUGGGCCAAUUAUAUGUCCCAACACCCAGACUAAUGGCUGUACCAGCAGAACUGCAACAGAAUCGAAGAAGACCAAUGGACUCAUCGCCAAUGGAUUGGAGGGGUGUAUUAGUGGGUGUGAGUUUCCUUUCCCUGUAUCCUCCCCUGGCGCCCCUCCCCUCCCUGAUGACUUGUGUGUGGUGUUUGUAGUGGAACUGGACAAGGGACCCUACGGACUGGGCAUGGGACUCAUAGACGGCCUGCACACUCCACUCAACGCUCCAGGCAUUUAUAUCCGGACCCUGAUCCCUGACGGACCUGCUGCCUCCGACGGCAGACUGAGGAUCGGAGACCGCAUCCUGGCCGUGAACGGGACGAGUCUGAUCGGUGCGGACUACCAGAGCGCGGUGGAUCUGAUUCGUCUGGGAGGAGGUCGACUUCGCUUCCUGGUCGCCAAGUCUGACCCCGAGGUCUCAGAGAAGAUCAGCGCGUCCUCCUGCUGACCACGUCCACUGCCCCACUCAGAAACACACACACACACACACUACAGGAGAGGUAGGACAGCGAAGGGACACAGACACGGCGAAUCCUCCACGCUUACACAUACGCGGCAUGAAAUAUGAAUGUGAAAACUACUGUCAGCACAAAGCCAAGCAAUCGAACUGGAGGUAGCACUCCAUCAUCACUCCACACCAUGACUUCCAGACCUGUCUCACUCCUGUGAGACACUCCUGUCUGUGUGACAGCGGUUGAAAAGCACAGUCAAAUUUUCACAUGUCUAAUUCACCACUGGGCUGUUGGAGCAUGAGUGCACAUUGGGUUUAGUGUCGUAUAAUAUUUCAGGUGUUAAGUAGCAUGGUACAACAGUUUCCCAGCUGUCACACAAGUGGACUCCUGAAACCAUGGCGACGACAUCAGUCUUACCCGGUGCUUUAUAAGAGUGGAGUGUUUUAUAAAGCCGUUUGAAACAUUACGUAUGAAUGUUGACUCUUGCACUAACAGAGGAGGAAAACUCACAAACGUGUCAAUGUACAGCUCAGAUGAACUUUGACCUCCACUCAAAGAAGAAAACAAACAGCCGUGCAGCUGCUGUGGGACUUGAAUUAAGAACCAGCUGCACAGUCCCGAUGUGUAUAAACCCACCCCUUUUUUUGUGACUACAUUAUGUAUGUAUCUGGUUAAGACGUGUAAAUAACUGUAAAUAUUUAACACUCGGUCAUCUACAAAUGUACUUGUUGAACUUUUUUCAGAACUGUAUUGCUCAGUGAAUACUGAUAUCUACUGAUGAGGAGUAUUUUCAGGUGAGAGGGAUCCACCUUAAGUGUUGUGUCAUUUUUCAAAAGUGGAAUCAUUUGUUUUAACGACAAUUAGCGCAGCUGUAGAACAUCCACAGAUUGUUCAAGGGUUUACAAAAGAGCAUGUAUGAAAUGAUGCAGAUGCUGUCUUUCCUGGAAACACCCAUUCACUGAACUGCAGUUUUCAGAGGGGGCUAUUUCUUAUUAUAGUAAAUGGUUCCAAUGAAGAAUGUCUGAAGAUUAUCCAGAGUAACAGAGAUUAUUUCAUAUGUAUAUAUACAUAUAUGUGUAUACAUAUAGAUAUAUACACAUAUAUAAAUACACACAGUAUAUAUACAGGUGGUGCCACAAAUCUAAGGUUGCACUGAAGUCCAGACAUUUCCCUGAAAUGAUGCUCCAGACAUUUUCUUGCCAGCUCCCAAAUCAAAUUUCCAGUGAGUCCACACCAGAACACCGCAGCGACCUAAGGUGUCUCACCUCCUCCGUGCUCAACCCAGACACCAACCCCUCGGCCUCGUCUGAAUGUUUUUGAUAUUUUCCUGCUGUGUUCCUCAUAUUUUAACAUUUAACACUGGCAAACUCAGGGAAAUGUCUACUCCACAUCGUCUCCAAGAGGAAAAUCUAAAAAUCUAGGCAAGAAAAACAUUGUACUGAUCCAGAACAUUAGAACAGCCGUUCUGAAUUGAAGGUUUUAGGUACAAGCCUCAGUGUCUCAUCCCAGAUCUGUAGUGAUCCCCAGAGGUAUCACAUUGUGAGCUGUGAUCCACUUUCAAAACUCUUGUGGACAUUUUGCAGCAGAGCGUUAUUUGCAGCAAAAAACAUGACGGGUUAUUUUCAGUAUAACUGCUGAAUAUUCUAAAAUGAGUUAAUGGUCGUUUAGUCUGUUCAGCACCCAGAGCUUUUACGACCAAAGGAUUUGCUUUCCCAAAUUUGCCACUUUUACUCCUUUCCAACACUAAUGUGAAGACACUCUUUGUGGUUUUGUGUUGUUACAAUGUCUGUUGAACUAGUUUUAAUUUCUUAAUUAUUACACACACGUCAACAUCAGUCUUGUUUUACUCUCAAGUUCCGAUUCCGGUCCUUUGCAGUGACAUUUCCAAGGUUUGUUGGCCUCAUACAUGUCUGUUCUUCUCUGGUCAUUAUUUAUACUGUUAAAAAUGAUGCUACUUGAUAAUAAACAGUGUUGGACAAUUGUACUUUUCUGCUUUGAAACUGUAAAAGUGUGACUGCAACACAGACAGAGUGGAACCGUACCCUGGACUUCAUUUCAUUUCAUUCAUUCAUCUUCUAACCGCUUUAUCCUCCACAUGAGGGUCAUGGGGGGUUGCUGGUGCCAAUCCCAGUAAAAAGAUAGUCCAUCAUCAUUUUAGAGUGUCCAAUUUGCCUAAUUCCCAAAUCUGCAUGUUCUUGGACUGUGGAGAAAAAGCAUAUUUCGCAGUAAUACCGUAAGACCUGGUCGUGAACCCAGGU